AUGAAAGGUACACUAAUGGAGAAGAAGAGCAAGAUCCAAAUUUUGUACGAUGCUUGCAGUGUAAUUUUUACUCAGAAUCAAACCCCAAAUUUUCAACAAAUCCAAUAUCUCAAAAAUCUUCUUGACAUAUUCGAAGCCAAAGAUGUUGGAAUCGAUGAAUUUGGAACAUCAUCAUCAUCAUCAUCAUCAUCAUCAUCAUCAUCAUCAUCAUCAUGUGAAUCUCCAUGUUCAAGCCCAAAUAAGAGACUAAUUUGUGGGCAAAUCAUCUCUGAAAUCACGUACAUUCAUAUAUAUGAAUGUAACAACUUUUCUAUUGGUGUGUUUUGUUUCCCGGCGGGAGGAACAUUUCCACUCCAUGACCACCCAGGAAUGACAGUUUUCAGCAAACUCCUCUAUGGUUCUCUUUACACCAAAGCUUAUGAUUGGGUCAAAGUGUAUAAUUCAACAACCACUAAAACAUUUGGAUUAGGAGGUUUAGUAAAGGAGGAGAUAGUAAAUGCACCAAGUGAAACAAGCAUAUUGUUCCCAAAGAGUGGUGGAAACAUUCAUACAUUCACAGCACUAACUCCUUGUGCCUUCUUGGAUGUUCUUACUCCACCUUACUCUGAUGACCUUGGAAGGCCUUCCACUUACUUCUUUGACUUCCCCAUUCCUUCUCUUCCAGGUUAUGCAGUGCUUGAAGAAAGAGAGUUGCCGGAUGAUCUUGUAGUUGCCGGUGCACCAUAUCUUGGUCCUCCUGUUGAUGCACUCGACCAGUUUUCUUGA